AUGUCACAGGUGACAACUGAGUAACUGACAUCAUUGUAAAUAGCAAAAAGGCUGUAUGGAUUUCUAAAAGAAUUCUAUAUAUUUGGUGCUAAAAUGGCCGAGAAAUAUGGAAUAUCGGAAGCCGAAUUCAAUCUCAUCAAAAAACAGGCCGCAAGGCGUGCUGAAUUACGCCGUGAAUUCUUAAAACAAAGAACAAACCCUUUCAAACAUGCUGCGGAGGCUGGUUAUGUUUUCGACGAAGGACAUCAAAGAUUUAUUUCUAUGAAAGUUACGCAAUUUGAACAUUUUCAACCGAACCGCAGGAACGCUCUUUUUGGAAUCGGAGCUAUUGUGAUCCCUAUGUUUUUAUACGGAUACAUGAUGCAUAAAGAGCGCUCAGACCGCGAGGCGAAGGUCCGAUCUGGAGAACUUCGUUAUAGAGACAGGCUGUUCAAGCUCCAGUGAAUUGCCAUUCUGUUUAAAUAUGCUUAGAUGUCGAAAAGUUUAAUAUAAAUAAAAUCAGUUGUUUAUCUUA